AUGGAAAUGGACCAGGAGGUGUUUUUCCAGCCAACAAAGACGGUGGACAUACCGGCAAAAGACCUUCUCUCGUGGAUCUUUGACAAUGUCAAGUAUUCACAAGAUGAACCGAUCUACAUUGACCCCGUCGACCCAAGCCGUUCCAUCAGCUCGAGGCAGGCUAAGACUCUGAUAAGGCACCUCAUCGCCGGGUUCCGGUCCCGGAAACUGGAGAGAGGCGACUGCGUCUGUAUCCACGCGUUCAACAAUGUGGGUUCCCCUGGCACAAAUCUACGGCAUCUUCUCUCCCUUAUCGGUGCAGGAUUCACCUGGACUGGGACAAACCCCGGCUACACAGAAUACGAACUGCAGCACCAUUUGAAGACGUCCAAGAGCAAGCUCGUCAUAGCACAGCCGGAGCUGUACGAUGGGAUCCUGUCCGCCGCCAGAUCUUGCAACAUAUCCCAGGAAGACGUGCUCAGGUUUGAUUCUCUGUCACCAGGGGAGGGUUCUUCGGCAUCAUGGCAAACCCUGCUACAACAUGGUGAGCAGGAUUGGAUACGGUUCGACGACAUGGCAACCGCACAGUCUACACCCGCUUGUAUCCUGUUCAGUUCAGGAACCACGGGUCUCCCCAAAGCUGCUUGUCUCUCGCAUCACAACCUGGUCACCCAGCACACACUGCUCCACGAGCAAGUCAAGCGAAUCCUCUGUCUCCCCUUCUUCCACGCCGCGAUGGCCAUAAUGGCCCACAUCACGCCCCUUCGCUCUGGCCACAUCGCCUAUGUGAUGGCCCGAUUCCAGCUCGAGGAUUUCCUCCGCUUCACCGAACAGUAUCAGGUGACCGAGUUGUUCGUGGUGCCGCCUGUCAUCGUCUCGAUCCUGCAGUCACCCCUGGCGGCCAAGUACUCGCUGAGAAGCCUGCGAUCGGGCAUGACGGGCGGCGCCAAAAUCGACCUACUAUCCCAACAGCGAUUUACGGCUCUGAUGCAUCCGGAUGGCUGUAUCAACCCUUGCUACGGCAUGACCGAGAUCAGCUGCAUCGGCGCCUGCCACCCAUGGCCCGCUGCUGACACAGAUGGAAGCAUCGGCUAUUUUCUGCCAAACCUUGAGGUCAAGCUCGUUGACGAUGAUGGACACGAGGUCAAGGCUUACAACCAGACAGGAGAGAUCUGGAUCCGUGGACCGACAGUGAUCAAGGGAUACCUUGACAAUCCGGAGGCAAACUCGUCCUCAUUCUCUGCAGGAUGGUUUCGCACUGGCGACGUGGCGUACUGCGACCAGACGACCAAGAAGUGGUAUAUCGUGGAUCGGAAAAAGUUACAACACUUGUCUCUGUCUAACAUCUACCCCGUGGGGCGCGAAAUACAGGAACUAAUCAAGGUCCGCGGCUUCCAAGUUGCGCCUCCCGAGCUCGAAGCCGUGCUCAUGUCGCAUCCCCUAAUCGCUGACGCCGCCGUGAUCGGUGUGCCAUCCUCUGAUCCGGUCGACGGCGAGCUACCUCGCGCAUACAUUGUACGAAAAGCGGACCGACAAGACGUCAGCGAGACCCUGAACGAAGACGGAGUGAAACAGUUUGUUGCGGCCCGUCUGGCCAAAUACAAACAGCUGGGUGGGGGCGUUGUCUUUGUGCCGGCCCUGCCCAAGACGGCCAGUGGGAAGUACCUGAAGAGACAUCUACGGGAGCUUUACAAGCAAGAGAUGGCGAGUUCGAACUCAACGCCAAAGUUGUAG